AUGGCUUCUCCAAUGCAACAGCUCAUUCCCGUGGCUCUCCCUGCAUACGCAUGUCCAGCGGGCACUAGAAUGCACAUUCUCAACCUAGGCACUUUAUCGGUCGACGAAGGCUGGCUCCUAAUGGGUGCCAAUGCGGGUUCAGCUAGCAACCCAAACCCCGUCCAUAAGUGGAGAGAUCUGAUGAUGAUUGCUGGGCUGAUAAAUCAUCCAGAGAUGGGGCUGAUCCUGUUUGAAUGUGGAAGUGUAGAGGAUAUCGACGCGCAAUGGAGUAGCGAGGCGACAGAUCUAUUCCCUCGCACAAGUUAUACGGACAAAAAUCAUUUACCAGAGGCCAUAAAGUCCGCAGGGUAUGAUAUUAAGGAUGUAAAGGCGGUGAUCAUGGGUCACUUGCAUUUGGAUCACGCCGGGGGAUUGGAGCAUUUCCGGAAUACAGGUGUCCCAAUCUAUGUCCACGAGGAAGAGUUCAAACAUGCUUGCUGGGCGGCAGGAACGAAUUCAGACGGUGGUUUGGCGGAUUAUCUGAAGCUUGACGGUACCAUAAGCUGGCAGACAUUCAACGACUCUCAAUUGGACCUUUGUACAGGCUUGACACUGCACCACUGCCCUGGUCAUACCCCAGGGUUAUGCAUUUUGCAAGUCAAUCUGGCAAAAGACGGGACCUUCAUUUGGACAACAGAUCAGUAUCAUAUCAAAGAGAAUUUCGAGAUGAAUUACGCACAUGGCUGGCUUUUGCGCGACUAUCGCAGCUGGCUGGAUAGUGGGAAAUUGAUCAGACGCUUGCAAAAGUUAUUCUCUGCUACGUUGAUCUUUGGUCAUGACUUGGAGACUGCGGAAGAGCUUAUAAAAAGAAAGGCUUACUAUGAAUAG